UUUCAUAGACUAUAGACGAGACAAAACUACUAGCAUUGCCUGUAGUUGCUUAACCAAUAUACUGUACUUGUAAAAUACGGAUAAAAAGCUUAUAAUUACUAAUGUUACAAUCGAAAAUUCUUGGAUUACAACCAUCACAUUGUUACGGUAAUUCCGUGUGCCAAAAAUUAUAAGCAACGGACGCGCUUCGGCUGCAGGGGACCGGUUGAUUCUUUACAUAAAAUUUCAAUGUGUUCUGGAAAUGGUUUGCAAAGAGGACGUGGUAUCAUGGUUUAAAGAAUUGGAAAGCUAUAAACGCAUAGACGCGAUGUGUACGUUAUUAAAUAUGUGUUUGCCAUUUGAACUACGUUUCAUUGGCACAUACCUAGAGGAGCUGGGUAAGCGGGACUUUCAGGAGUUGCGUGGUGCUGAACUGAGAGCCAACAACCCCACAGACCUGGCUGCGGACAUUGGAGGCGCCAACACAGACCCCAGGACGCGGCGGAAAAUGGCCUUGUAUGUGUCGUUGCUGCGUUCGUGUAAUUUCGCGUGUGCUACCACAUUGUACAAUGCCAUGGUCAGUUUGGAGCAGAGUGGUUUGUUGAAAGGCUUGUACGGUGAUCUCCUCGAAGAAAUUUUACUUCUGUACACAAUGGCGUUACAUCAUCCGGCGUUUACAUUUGAUCAAAAGUCGCAUUUUGGUGAAAUACUAGAGAAAUUAAAAAUGGAAGACCAGAGGAUACAAUUUCCAGAGCCACAAGAUCAUAUAAACGUAGUACCAGUGAGUGCAUGCCAUACACAAUCUAAUAUCACAGGCAACAUGACAAUCCCACCACCUAACUUGUCUAGCUUGGGGCCACCGCCUGGUAUUGUGUUUGUCAAAACACCUGGGGUGCAGCCGCCUAGUACAGACACAGUGCCUGAACUCAGCUCUCCGCCAGUUCUGACAGGAGCUGGGGGAGUAGUGCAAAUGUUGGGUGAAGUCCCUCACCCACCUCCUGGUCUACCAAUGCCUCAGUAUAAUAUGGGAGACUACAUAGGACACAAUGCAUGGCCUGCAAAUAUCAUAGUACCUAUAAAUCAACCACUUGAGGUAAUAAAUUACACCGCUGCUAGUGGUGCGCCGACGUCGCCCCUAGUGUCGUCGCCGGGCGACAGUCGCGCCGCGUCGCCGCGCUCGCGCCGCCGACUGUCGCGGGACCGCUCGCCGCCUCCCCCGCCAGUCGGGCCGCCCGACCAGCCUCCACUGCCGCACCAACUUGCCGCCAACUUCGAAAACAUGUCUGUCGCCGAGGUGGGUCACUCUCCGCAGCAUCGCGGUCCAUUCACCGUGUUUGCUGCAGGACUUCUUCGACACAGACAGCCUUCUGCAUUAACGCGGUUUUCAAAUGAGAUCCGUCAUAAUAUUGGUGACGAACGAUUAAGAGAACUGAACAUGGUGGUACAUCAGCAGCAAUAUAGAUCAUUGGAGAAGCUAAACGGCGUGCGACGACUGACUGGUCCGUACUGCGCGGCGACGCGCUCGUCGUCCGACAGCGGGUCGAGCGCCGCGUCGUCACCGCCCGACACGCCGGCGCCACCGCAGCGCCGCGCCACGCCGUCCGCGCCGCCACCCGUGCCGUUCCUACAGUACCCGCGGCCCUUCGGGUACCCGACGCCGCCGCCCACAUAUCGCCAGCCACCGCCGCCGUUCGCUAACGGGGAGCCGCCACCGUACCCGGCGGCGGCGCCGUACGCCGGCUUCGUGUCGGUGCUGUACGCGCCGCCGAAGCUGUCGUGCUGGAACUGCGGCGCGGCGGGGCACGCGGGCCACGAGUGCAAGGAGCCGAGCAUGGAGGAGAUGACGCGCGCGGGCGGCUACCAGCUGGACUUUGGCGGCGCGCCGCCCGAGCCGAGCGACAAGUAGGGGCGCCGCCGAGCCGAAGGGAACUCUUCGCGACGUCCUUGUGUGAUCUGUCCAGAUUAGUACCAAAGUGUGAGGUCAAAAAUUGUAAAUAUCGACCCGGUCGGCCCGUACGGCUGCUAUCGGUACCCGGCGUGAUAUGAACCCUUGGAACGUGAAACCCGAAGGAUUUCUUUUGACGUAGUAUGAGAUAUUAGGUAGAUCUAUGAUGUUAAUAUUACGAGCGCUUAUCGGACUAAUUUAUUAGGGUGAUGAACUUUUAUCUGUAAUGUUUAAGAGUAAUUGCACUUUCGAUGUAUUUAGAAUUUGAUGACAUUCCAAUUAUUUAAUUUCCUUACAGAACAUCUGGUAAAAUUAUCAUUAGCAUAAACAGAUGUUUUGUAUACUGGUGACCUGACCUGGUGUUCUGGUGACUGAAAAUUUCAUAAUUUCGUUGCACAUAGACAUUACACUAGUAACAGAUAUUUCACAUAAAACAUGUUAUAAUUGUUUAGUAUAAAAAUCAUGUUUUUGAAGCAAGUAGUUACAGUGUAGAAUAUACAGUGAAACCUCGUUAAGUGAGACAGCCAAGGGACCUUCAAAUUGGUAUCACUUAUAGAGGUAUUCCACUAACCCAGUGUCUCAGAUAACCAGGUAUAAAUGAAUAUUUGUCUCAUUUACAGAGGGUUCCAUUAAUGGAGGUGAACAUGGGUUAUUUCACAUAAAGAGGUGUGAUUCUUAAAUAAAACAAUGUGUUAUGUGCACAUUAUAAAUGAAUGGGAAUAAGUAAAUCAACAAACAAAAUGAUGUUGUCUCAGUUACUGAGGUUUAUGCAUUAAAAUUCACUUGCUGUCUCAGUUAUAGAGGUAACUAAGGUGAUAAAUCGAAAGAACGAAUCCCAGAUAUAGAGGGUUGUUUGUCCCACUAAUAGAGGUAAUUCAGUGCCAAUGGGUAGGGACCUCAGUAUGAGUUCCAUUUGUGGAGGUUUCUCACUUAUCCAGGUCCCACUUAACCAAGUUUCACUGUAUUAUAAAAAGGUUAAAGCUAGACAGCCUCUACUAGCUUGCUGCAUCUAUUUGGUUGAGUGCAACAUACUUGCCUAAGGGCUUAUACAUGUAAUAUUUUAAAACUCAUAAAAUGUAAAUUGAGUGAUUUAAAAUGCAGAGGUUAAAAUGUUAUUUUUCUGUGUGGAUUUGUAUUUUGUUAUUAUUUAAAAAAUACGCAAUUUAUGCAAAUGUAAUUAUAGGAAAAUUGCUGGAUGACGAUUUCCUAAACUUGACUGGAAAAAAGUAACUAUGAACAUUUCUGCAUACAUUUAGCCUCGCCUUAUCUGUUGUAGUUGACUUUUUUCCUGAAUUCUAGUCGUUUUAAUGCGGUAACGAGGAGAGACACUAAUUGCGACGCAAAAUAGUUUCCUAAAAUAAAAUACGGCGAAUUGACAAAUCCUACAGAUCAACUGUCAGCAAUCGUUAAACAAUCCGAAAUUGAAAGUGCAAUUAUUUAUAAACAAACACUAAGCAAACAGUUCUUGUAUAGAAUUUUCAGGGAAUUCCAAUUAUAACAGCAGCACCUGUAAUAAUAGUUUUAUUUAAUUGGCAGCUUCAAAGAAUUUAAAAUUAAGGUUUUCUAUGGUAAAGUAAAAAAGUUGAUAAAAAUAAUUGGUACAAACACAUAAUUUGAUCAAUUUUAUUAUCUUACAAAUAGUUAACAUGUCAUUAAAAAUGAGUGCCAUAAAUUGGUGUAUAAUAUAAUUUUCAUGUUUAGUCAGUACGGAGUUUUAAAAUUAAUUUAAGUGGUAGCGUGAUACAGUGAAUUAAGUCCCAUCAAUACUUAUUUAUAGUUUUUCUAAACCAGUUUCACGCGAGUCUAUACGAUGAGAGUAUAGCUCUAGAUAGGUAUGAAAUCAUCACAAAUGAAUUUCAAAACGAAAUAGUUCUUGCCACAUGAUUAAAAAGGUUGUUUUUGGAAUUGUUAUAAAACAUAAAUAUGUAUUUUAAGUGAAAGUUUUACUACAUAAAACUGUUUAUGUUAUACAAUAAUGCACAUGACAAGUUAGUACAUCUACAUUAGUACAAAUUGAAAUUGGUAUGAGUUGAAAAUUUUGAAUUAAGUCGAUUAGUUAAGAGAUUUCAUUAGGCGACAUGGUUUAUAAGAUAGUGUAUUAACAUAAUGAUAGAAAUAUUCUAGUGUUUGUUUUAAUUGUUAAUAAUAUAAUCAAAAGCAAGUGUGAAUAAUAUUUAGGAUAAACCAAAUCUAUCUUCAAUUUUAACAUAAUAGUGCUGCCGACUGCAUGUCAUACAAGUUGAUGUGUUAUGGAGUUCCCUAAAAUUCUUAGCUCUGCCUUGACUAUUUCUUCUACAACUUUUUAUGUAACACAUGUUAUUGUCCAAAUCAUCAGAAUUUGUAAAUAUGAUGUUAACUUCUAAAAUAUUUAAUAUACAGUUGAAAGUCGAAUUGUGAAGAUUUAUAUACUAAAGUACUGAAUUUGUUUCCUUUGUCCGAAGACUGAUCUCUAAUACUAGCUAAUUAUUCGACUUCUAAAAGCUAAUAGUAACGAUGUUGACUGCAAGUCGAGCAUCUGCCACUUUAUGAUCGGGACUGUUUGUCUAUGGUAGAGGAGCUGAGUACUGCGACUGGCCACAUAUUCAUGUGAAUGUACCUAGUAGUGUACCAUUUUAUACAUAUGAGUUGAACAAGGGAUUAUUUUGAUCAAGCUCACGAAAAUGCAAUGCUCUUAAUUAAUGUUUAUAAUAAUAGUCAUUGUAAAUAGUUACAAAUAUGUAAGAGAGAUGGCACGUCGCAUCCGAUGUGUUCAUAUUUUGUAAAUAAUUCAGUUUAUAUAAAUUAGUUAAUAUUUAGAGAUUGACUAUAUUUGUAAAUUACGUUGUAAUAAUUUGAGUGUCCCUAUAGAGUAUAUUCGAUUGUUUCUCUAUGAUCACUGUCACAAAUCACAAUUUGCAUUUGAAAGUCCCAGUUUUGAAAAAAGUUCAAAUUAGAAGGGUUGUAUAAUUGUUUUUGCAUAAUUAUAAAAGUAAUGUUUUUUUAAUCGAGUCAGAUGAGUGACGCAUGGGUGGGUGCUGGGAGGUGUGGCUGUGGCCUGAUACAUGCAGCUUGCUGACGAUUGUUGAUGUUGUUCAUCACUUGGACGAUGUAUUCUCUUGUAUGUAUACACUGACUAUGUUUGUAGAGCUUUGUGCCUUCAACGCACCGACAAUUUAAUGAUAGAAGAGAAUAUAUUUGUGUGUUGUAAGUGACUAUUUAUAGUGUAACUGUUAACAGAACCGUAAGGGACUAUUAUUUUGUAAGAAACAUGAUAUGUCACUCCUUAUGAAGGUUGUAAGUCCACAUAACGUAACUUUUGUGUUAUUUAUAUCUUAACAAUUUUAUUAUGAUAUUUAAAACAAGUUGAAGUAUAGAUUAAACAUAGAAAGAGUAACUUAAUAUUUGUAACUUUGUAAGUACGCCUGUAGCCUAGCCCCGAUGUGGUACUGUUGAUGCAAUAAGAUGGAAGCAUUACUACUGCAUAUCAUGUUAUAAGGUUCAAUUGAGUGUGAUAUUCAAGUGGAUGGUCUUACUGUUUGUGUCUGCUCAAUUGUUUUCAACAAAGUACAUUUUCAGUGAAAUCGGUAAAUGUGUAAACUAAAAGUUUGUUUUCUACAUAGGCAACAAUAUUAUUAUAAUGGUCGAUAUGUCUAUGCAGCUUUACUUUGUCUAGUGGAGUAUGAAAAUAUUUUUUUACUUUGUACAGAAUGUUAUAAAUGUGAUACAUAAUUUUUGACAUAAUUAGAAAUUGUGAUUUAGUAAGGUGUGUAGUUUAUAAAAAAAUAUAAAAAAAACUCGCUUUACUAAAUAAAUGAUACUAUUCUACAGCUAUGUAACGUUGUUUUCCCACGUUUUUAUAUUUGGGUACUUAUAUAUUCUAAGCUGUUGUACCUAUUGCUAGUAAAAUUAAAUUUCAGGAAAUUGAAUGUUUCGGCCCGGUAUUGUCAGACCUCUGUAUCCCACCAAUGCUGUGAAUCAUUUGCUUCCUGAGAAAUAAACAACCAAAAUCUACAA